AUGAGUUCAUCAAGCAGCGAUGAAAGUCAUAAUGCUGAUACUGAUUUUUCGAACAGCCAGAACGAGGGGUCUGACAAAGAAAGCAUUGACGAUGACGUUGAAAAUAUGAGCGAAGAGAGCAAAGAUGACGAAAAUAGUGAAGGAGAAUCUGAAAUGUCCGAUGCGGAUUCGGAAAAUCAAGAUCAAAACGACGGAACGAGUGGGUCUGAAAUGGACGAAAAAGAAGGUUCCGAUGAUUCUAUAUCUCAAGGUGACGGAACGACGGAAGAGAAGAGCGAAGAAGUUGAGAGUCAAAAACCGAAGAAAAAGAAAAAUACAAAAAAGGCGGAGCCCAAACCAGAAGAUGUAACAACUUUGACAGUCGAAAAUCUACCUCAAGCCAUGAGUGACAGUCGAUUCAAUUUCACGUUUUCACAUUUCAAGCCGAUCAGCUCUGUUUUGGCAAAAUCAGACAAAGGUGGGAGGUGUAUUGGUAUUGGGUACUUGGUCUUCCCGUGCAAAGAAGCAGCGCAAGCCUGCGAAGAGAUGAUGGAUGGGACUGAGAUUGAAGGGAAAAAGAUAAUGAUAUACACCGAAGAGGAAGAGGCCAUUAUGGCACACGAAGCGAAGAUGAUGGGCAAAAAGAAGUACGUUGAACAAAACCAAGAGGCGCUCGAGAGGUACAAACAAUUGAAGAACAGACUCCAAAAGCGCAGAAGAGCUGUGAAUGAAGAAUUACAGAAACUUGACAAGAUGUGUGAAACUAUGACAGACGACGAGAGGAAUAAGUUCUUGCUUGAACAGCUUGAGCAACGGAGAAUACAAAAAGAGAAUUCAUCGGUUGGGAUGUAUAAGAAAAAGGCGAUGGACAUAUUGAGAAAACGUCAAAAAAAGCGUGAGAAAAAAGAGAUGCAAAAGAAAGAACUUGAACGGGAGGAGAUCGAGAAACAAAAGAAAGCCAAACUCAACGAGGUCAAACAAAAGAGAGAGGAGAAAGCGGAAAUCAACGAGAAAGAAGCGCAAGUAUUACAAACAGGUGGGAGUAAAAAGGUAAAAAAGUGCUUUGUGUGUGGGAAAGAAGGCCACUAUGCUUCAAGAUGCCCACUUAAUACGAAAGAAAAAGUGAACAAAGCAAAGAUUAGAAGAAAAGAAGAGCAAGAAGAGAAACGUAAGCUUCAAGAGAAAGAACAACAACGGAAGGAGAAACGCAAGCAAUAUUUGAAAGGUGUUGUCGAGAAAUACAAAGCUCAACGGCAGGAAAGAAAAGAGCGAAGAGAGAAGAAACACGAGAAGUAUGGGCGGACAAAAAGAAAUUCUUUAGAUUGA